AUGCUAUCUAAGCUGAGCUCAGCCUGGCUCCCACGAGCACCGAUGGAAGUUGAAUUGAAGUUGAAUCAAGAAGAUUCGAUCUAUACCCCUCGGGAUACGAUUUCAGGCGAAGUGAUCUUACACAGUGAUUCAGCGGCCGAUUUGUCGACGGUGGUUCUAAAGUUGUCGGGAACCGCAAUCUCCAGACUCAGUCACAACAGCCGCACAGAAACUCAUCAGGUGCCUCAAGUUACUGAAUGCUACAAGACUGAUCAUUGGUCAAGCAAAUCAGAUUUCACGUGCGCAAACAUUGGCCGCUGGAGAACGCAAAAGGAGCACUUGAUGAGGAAGUCUCCCCCGUCAACUGGCGACUCGGACUCUAUUGCAGAAAUUAAAUAUUCACUAACCGUGUCUGUCACGGGGAGAAGUGUGGUGAAGAAGACACGCGAUGUUCAAUUCAAGUACUUGUCCGACCCACUACCUCAGCAGAAACCACUAAAGCAAGCGUGUGAGCUUACUGUCAACCCACAUAUUGUCGCUGGAUUCCCGUUGUCAUUUCGAAUCAACGCCGAGCUUCUAAAUGGGCCAUGUCUUCUCCUCAACCAGUCAAUACCUCUCAAGGUUGACAUCAUGAAGCAAGGAGAUGUGCAUUGUGGUAUCAUACUGAGCGAGUUCCAGACUAUGCUGGUUGAAAAAACACAAGUCAAAGCUCAAGGCAUCAACGAGUCAGCAACUAGCACGUGGAUUGUGCAAAGUACAGCAAAUAUGAACUACCCAGUCUCACUCGCAAACAGCCCGAGUGGAACAGUUUCAACACUGCGCGAUGUCAUCUAUUGCAAUCACCCACUGCCUCCGGGGCUGACUUCCAGCUUUGAGGUCUGCAAUAUCAAGCGAACGUACAGAUUGUUUGUGAGGCUUGGCUUUCUGAUUGGUGACCAAAAGGUGAUGAUCCCGACUCUUCUAUCCAUAUAUUGGACUUUGGCUAACUUGCUGUUUUUGCAAUCCAGACCCAGAGGAUCAUUCAUGAAUUUGAUUUUCCGGUCUAUGUGA